GUGGGUCUGCACCGCCGAAGAGAAGAUGGCGGCGCUGGGAGAACCUGUCCGGCUGGAGAGGGAUAUCUGCAGAGCAAUUGAAUUGCUGGAAAAAUUACAGAGGAGUGGAGAGGUGCCGCCACAGAAACUUCAGGCUUUGCAGAGAGUCCUUCAGAGUGAGUUCUGCAAUGCAGUGAGAGAGGUAUAUGAACAUGUUUAUGAGACUGUGGACAUCAGUAGCAGCCCUGAAGUGAGAGCCAAUGCAACUGCAAAGGCUACUGUUGCUGCAUUUGCUGCCAGUGAGGGACACUCUCAUCCCCGAGUCGUGGAGCUGCCCAAAACAGAAGAGGGCCUUGGAUUCAAUAUCAUGGGAGGCAAAGAACAAAAUUCACCAAUCUACAUAUCACGGAUAAUUCCAGGUGGAAUUGCUGACAGACACGGGGGCCUCAAACGAGGAGAUCAGCUGCUUUCUGUUAACGGAGUGAGUGUUGAAGGAGAGCACCAUGAGAAAGCAGUAGAGCUACUGAAAGCGGCCCAAGGGAAGGUUAAAUUAGUCGUACGAUACACACCGAAAGUCUUGGAAGAAAUGGAAUCCCGCUUUGAGAAAAUGAGAUCAGCAAAACGCAGACAACAGACCUAAUCAUUUAAAAACUUUAUGUUUCUUUUGCUUUUAGCUAGGAAAGUUUUACUUGUGACCUACUGAUGGCCUCGAAGCCAGUGAUUGUAAAACACCAGAAACUUCUGUGACCUCUUCUUGCCAUUUUAUAAAUGCCUGUUUUAGCAUCACUUAUGGUUGUAGAGAAGCAUACACUUUUUUUCUCACGGGAAAUAGUCAAAGUCGAUGAGGGCAGUUCUGCCCUGCAGUUUUUACAGGCCUUUUUCAAACACAGAUUUUUGUCACAAAGUUGUUAUAGAUUUUUAAUAAUGCUUUUUUAAUAUUAAAAUGUACUUUUACAUUCUUAAUCUUUUUUUAAAAAGAAGUUUUCUUUAUUUGGCAAUUUAUUUACAAAUAACAGAUCUCCAGUAUUUCCUUUUGCUUACUGCAAUUUCUUUGUGAAAUUUUUUUUAAUUUUUCCAAGAAAUUAAACGUAGCAUCUUGCUUGUGGCAGUCUGUCACAUCAUGAACAUCGGCAUCUCUGCUGCAUUUUGUACUUGGAACAUAACAUAUAAUAUCUAUAAUCAGUGGUAAAUCUUAGCUAUGAUGGAACCUUUUUAUUUUUAUUUAAACAAUGUAUAAUGUAUUCAUUUAUACUGAUUUAUAAAAGUAAGUUUUUAAACACUGAAGCAAUCAUUGCUAAAAUACGUGUUUCAUAAUAUUUAAGCAGUAAGGUGAGAGGAUGUAAUUUGAUUAUUAGCAUUAUCAAUUAAAUCUUUUAUUUAUAUUUAACAGUAUGUCAUAAAUUAUACAUUCAAACAAGAUCAGAUUUCAACCUUCAAAUUUUUUAUGCUAUUCAUUUGUAUUUAAAUAUAUUUCUCAUAUUUUGGUUCUUUCAUGCCUAGAGAUGAGUCAGUUAGUCUGUGCUAGGGAGAAUAGAAGUAAGACAAGGUAACAACUUCAACUUCUGGAACCCAGAGAGCCAUACAUUCUUACCAUCCUGGCUUCAGUAUCGACUUGAGAUAUGAAGGGCAGGAAGGAUUUAAGACACAGGAACAGACCAUUUCAUAUGUCUCAGUGAGUGGGGCUCAGAAUGAUUCAUAUCUUGAUGAUUGAAGUAGUGAUGGGAAUUUGGAAUAAUACUUUUUACCAUUGUCCACUGGAUGUCACUGUUUUCCUAAAAGGCAGCUAUUGAUACAUGAUUGUGACUAUGGUCUUCUAAAAGCUGAAAUCAAAGUGGUUAAUUUUCAGUCACAGAUUAUAGGAACAUUCGUAAAGGGUUUAAGUGAUGAUGUUAAAAAGAAACAGAUGGGUUGAAAAUGUAGGAAUUUGUCACAAUUACGACUAUUACCUUUAUUUUUUAAAAAUGGGCAUUUUGUAACAUUCCUUCAGGAAGAAUGGAAGUGUGUAUGUUUUCUGCAUGUGUGUGAGCACUGUGAGUCUUACAAGAUGACUGCAGUUUUCAGUGAUUUUUCAGAGUAAAGUCAAUCAACAUGUUAUUUAUCAUUUAGGAAUUGAACACUGGAUUGUGCAUGGUUGAAUGUCUUUAGUCCACUACAAAAUGUGCUUGAUAUUGAUAGGAUCAUGCUGAAUUGUAUAUUUUCAAAAUUAGCUCAUGUGUUUUUAAAAUGUUGAGACCAAAGUAGUAUAGCAGAGUAUGACGUAUUUUAAUUUAAUUGUAAAAUUAUUAGAGGUAAUUGUUUUAAAACUAUAUUAAAGUGUUGGUGCAUAUAGAACAGUAGCUCAUAUUUCUGCAUCCCAGGGCUAGUCAACCCUGAGGAACCCUUAUCGUAGCACAGCUCCUGCGGCUGCAUGCUCCUGCAGACGCAUCGGCAUUCCAUUGUCAGUUCAGCUUCCUGCUUCAUGUUUCAGCUGUUGCAGAAUUUUGGCCAAGUUACUUUUAUUUUUUUUUUUUUUUUUAAGUCUGUUGAAAAAGCUUUUUCUUCGGUAGCUCACAGUCUGUUCUUUGUGUGGGCUGACACCUAUUUAUAAUUCUUAAAAUAAAACAACUUAAAGGAGCCAAAUACGUUGCUGUUCUCGGUACUGUUGCAUGAGUAGCAGUAGUUCGCUUUCAUUGAUGCAACUCUCCUGUCUCAGAAUUUUAAAUACUGACCAUAGGAAGUCAGUGGCAAGUGUGCAGUAGUCUUCUUGUGUACUAAGGAAGUGAAUGAAUUUUAAUUAAUAAAUGAAUGGUUUUUUAAUAAAAUUAGGCAGUAGAUAUAUAAAGGAUAUUUGUUUGACUUGCAACUUACAAAUGUAAAAUUCCCUUAGCUCCAGUUUUCCAUUUAUUUUCUUAAACGUUUCAGAAUGAGUUGACGUGGUGACUCCUGACCUUAGCUGCGUGUUAGAAUGCCUGCAGGUCUUAAAACUCACCUGGGUCCCUCCUUGUACAGCUAACUCAAAAUCACUGCUUUAUGAUUGAAAUUUCAUAUGACGCGUUUAUCAAGUCUACCAUCUGUUGUGUUUAGAGGCUCAUUCUGCACACCCAGGCUUCAGAGGCACUAGCUCGUGGACUUUCCGGUCAUAAUCUGAAGCUUCUUAAUGAUUGAUUCUGUUUCUUAGAACCUCCUUAUGGUCUUGAGAGGUAUUUGCUAUUUCUUAUUAACAAAAUAAUUACA